CAUAAUCAAGAUGGCGGCUGCAUCAGAAGCGAUCUGCCACAGUGAUCCAAACUUCGCUGUUAUUUGCUCGUUUCUCGACAAAUAUGGCGAGCGAUUGGGAAUUGCAGAGACUUCACAUAUAGAUCUGCAGAAUUGGGUUGAGGACACGAAGCAUGUGUCAUCAUUCCUCAUAGAUAUUCAUGUGCGUCUGCUGAGACGAGUAGGAAAGGGUUCUGUGUCAACAGAAAAAUGGGAGAGAUAUGUUGUCAAGUACUGUUACACCUAUUCAGAAAUAGAUGCCUGGGAGGUGGAGAGAUUUGGCUACAAACAUUCCAAAACAUCAACAAAACUAAAAAUUCUAAAGAACUUGCUAGAAAAUCAGUUUGACUACAACACAAAGUUUAAAGAGAAGGUAAAUGAAGAGGAGCCAGGGGCUAUGAGAUUCCAGCCUAUAGGCAGAGAUAAGAAUGGGUUAGCCUAUUGGUACAUACUUGACAAAGAACAGAACCUCAUGGUGUAUCGGGAAGAUCAGGAUGAUGUUGACGCUGAGACGUGGGAGAUAGUGUGCAGUAAUAGAACAGAACUGGCAGUCUUGAUAGGGAACCUUGAAAGCAGUAUCGGUAUGAAGACACCAGAGGAGGACACUACUACUAACUCUGGAGACAGUGUCAAAAGUGAAGACAAGGCCAAUAUCAAAUCAGAAACAACAUCGGAAGACUCUCUCGACUCCAACCCACCUAUCAAAAAGGACCCAGACAAACAACUUGAGAAUGAACGCUCACCAAAGGUCAGAUCUGAAACGGAGGAUGAGGUGGACGGGGUCGUAGUUAAGACAGAGGAUGAAAGGUCUCGAAAAGAGGAGACCACUAUACAGGUGAAAAAAGAAGCUAAAACAGAGGAGGAUGCUAUUGAAGUGAAAAAGGAAAAGAUCGAUGAUAGUGUGGAAGAAAAAGAAGGAAGUCAUGAAAUUUCAAAGCAAAAAAAUAAAGAUGGAAUUGUGGCAGAUAAUUCAUCUCAGGAAAGUAGAGAAACAAUCUCGACAUCAGAGCCUUCAAAAGGUGAAGAUGACAAGAAAGAAAAGAAAGAGGAAACAAUGGCUGAAGACACGGCAAUAGAGGAGAAAAUCAGGGGAGAUAAAUCUAUCAGUGAUACAAAAAAGAAAACAGAACAAAAUACAGAGGAUAAAAGUGAGAGUGCUAAAUCAGAAGUGAUAGAAAAAGAUAAGGACAAUGUAAAAGAUGAGGAUAAAACCACUAGAUCUGUAGAAUCGAAUGAAAACAAGGACAAAAAUACAAAACCAAAGGACUUAAAAGCUGAAGAUAAAUGGUCGGAAAGUGUUUGUGAAACCAGUGAAGUGAAAGAUAAAUCAGAAACAUCAGAGUUAGAUGACAAAACAGACAAAAAUACCACAAAAGAAACCAAAACAGACAAAAAUACCACAAAAGAAACCAAAGUAGAUCUCGAUAAAGAAAAGGAAACCAGGGUAGAUAUAGAAAAUAGUAAAAGUGAGGUGAAAGACAAUAAAUCUGAUGAUAAAAGUUCUGAAAAAAAUGUACAAUCUGAUAAAAAUAAGAACAAUGAUGAGGAAAAGUCUGAUUCUAAAUGUAUAACAGAAAGUACAGAAAAAGAUAACCACAAAAAAGACAAAUCAGAAAAAGACUGUGAUAGUGUGGAAAAAGAAUUUAUAGAAACAGAAGAAAAAACAGAUGGAAAAAGUGAUAACAAAUCAACAAAAAACCAAGUUAAAACUAAAAAUUCUGCAAAAGGAGAGAAGGAAGGGAAGACAGAGGAAAGUGAAGAGGAAAACUCUCCAUCAUCAUCAAGUGCAGAAACCCAAGAACGUAAAGGUAACAAAGAUAAGGUGGAAAGUAAGUCUAGCAGUGAUGGUGUGCCAAAACCAACAGACCUUACAGUAACCACAGGCUCAUCUUCAGCUGAGGCUGAUAAACAAUCUCAGAAUUCCAAGGAAACAGGUGAAAAAAAUGAUAAAUCUACAGAUUCCAAAGAUAAAGAUAAAAAUGAGAAAAGCAAAGUUGAAAUAAAAUCAGACUCUGUUGAUAGCAAACAGGUUGAUGAAUCUGAGAAUCAAAUGAAAGGGCAAGAUAAUGUACCGAGUGAAAGUGUUGAGGACACGUCAACAACCGAUGGAACAACAGAGGCAAAGUCUCCUAAAGACCAGGUAGCUGAUGGUGAAGGGAAACCAGAGGCAAAGUCUCCUAAAGACCAGGUAGCUAAUGGUGAAGGGACAACAGAGGCAAAGUCUCCUAAAGCCAAACGAGCUGAUGGUGAAGGGACAACAGAGGCAAAGUCUUCUAAAGACCAGCUAGCUGAUGGGGAAGGGCCAACAGAGGCAAAGUCUCCUAAAGACAAGCUAGCUGAUGGUGAAGGGACAACAGAGGCAAAGUCUUCUAAAGACCAGCUAGCUGAUGGUGAAGGGACAACAGAGGCAAAGUCUUCUAAAGACCAGCUAGCUGAUGGGGAAGGGACAACAGAGGCAAAGGCUCCUAAAGACCAGGUAGCUGAUGGUGAAGGGACAACAGAGGCAAAGUCUCCUAAAGACCAGCUAGCUGAUGGGGAAGAAACCAUUGAUUCGAAAAAUUCAACAAAGGAUUCUAAAGAGGAAAUAAGUGUGAAGGAGUCUAAGGAGGAAAAGGGCAUGAAGGAAGCUAACGAGGAUGAAACAGGUGAGGAAAGUAAGGAGAUAAGUGAGGAAAAAGAUAUGGAAGACAAAAAUGAAGACGAUGGUGGAGGGCUACGAAGAAGUUCACGGUCAAGGAAGUCAGUAGCUCUUCCUCAAGCUCCUCUGCCUGUUGCAAGGAGAGUAACACCAAAAGCUAAUAGGAGUAAGGUUCAAAAGGUUGUCGGGGAAGAAGAAGAGGCCAAAGACGUCAUUAAAGAGGAACAAGUAGAUAAAGAGGAUGAAAACGAUACAAAAGAUACAACAGGCACAAUAAAGGAGGCAGAGAAUGAGAAAGAGGAGGAUGGAAAGGUAAAUGGAGACGUAUCGCAGCAUGAGAAUGACACUGUAAAAACAACAACUACUAAAGGUCAAGCUAAAGGUCAAGCUAAAUGUCGCAAGCGUCAACUGCAAGGGGAGGAGUCUGUUGAGACCUCAUCUGCUGAGCCAGACUCCAAGAAGUUAAAGAGCGCUAAGAAAACCACAGCAAAGGGCAAGUCCAAGAAAAGGGUACCAGCUAGAGUCAUUGCUUCAUCAUCUUCCUCCCAAGAGGAGAGCGAUGAUAGUGAUGAUGUUCCACUGAGUAAAGUAAAUCGGAGUGGAGGUAGCACACCACGAGGGAAGGGCAAAGGAAACAGACGUGGCAGAGAAGCUGAAUCUGUAGUAACACCCACCAGGAAAAGCUCUAGACCAGUCAAGAAAAAGAAAUUUGACAGUGAUGAAGAGGAGUGUACCCCUAAAGCCACUCCAAAGGGCAAGACAAUUGUGACUCCCAAAUCCACCCCCACCCAAGCCCCGAAGGUUGCACCUCCUUCCUCGUCCUCAUCCACAGAGGUAGAGGAGGAGGAUUUAUCAGGGAGGAGGAGGAGUGCUCGUGUUAAGAUUAUGGCCAAGCAGAAGAAGAAGAAAAAGCUUCUGAUAUUUGAGGGAUCGUCUGAUGAGGAGCUGAUAAAAGAGGAACCAGGCGAUAGUAGUGAAUUUCAGAUGGAGUCAGAGUAUGAUUCCGAUGAGGAAUUCAAACUCCAAAAGGGGAGAAAUGCACGCAGGCAAGCAGCCAUAAAGGCGGUUGAGGAAGAGAAGAAGCGAGUUGUGCCGGAUGACACUCCGUGCUGCAAGUGCCUUAAGUACAACCAACCAGAAUGGAUCCUGCUGUGUGAUAAAUGUGAUGCGGGAUACCACACGGCCUGUCUGCGCCCACCACUGAUGAUCAUACCGGAGGGCGAGUGGUUCUGUCCGCCCUGUGAACAUAGAAUGCUGGUAGAACGCCUGCUUGCUAACCUCAAAGAACUUGACAUUUCACUGAAGAAAAAGGACAGACUAACCAAAAGGAAGGAGAGGUUGGCCUUUGUUGGAAUUAGUCUGGACAACAUCCUUAAUGAGGAACUGAAGGAAAACAUUGAGCCUGAGGAGGAGAGUGAGAGCAGUGAUGAAGGGGUACGUCCCGAGCGGUACCGCAAGGCACAUCACCACCACAAGCAUCAUCACAAGCACCACAAGGAGAAAACCAAACCAACAUUCGCCACACGCUCCUGUCGCUCACGAAACAAGACAAGCUACAAGUUUGAAGACUAUGAUGAAAUGAUAAAUACUGCAAUACAACAAGAGGUGGAAAAGGCAUGGACUGAAGCCAAACCUGGCCGAAGUAGAGGCAAGGACAUGUCCAACAUCCUUGGGAUGGAGGAUACAGAGGAAGAGGAGGAGGAGGAGGGGGAGGAGGAGAAGGAGAGGGAGGAUGGCAAGCCCGCUGGAGUGAACACCAAGAAGAAAAAGAAGGGUCGUAGUCUGACAGCUCUGGACAGCGGUAGUAACCCGGAGGAAGAUAGUGAGGAGUACCAGAUGACAGAUGGGUCAGCAUCGGAAGUCCAGGAGGAGGUGGAGGAGGAUGAUGAUGAUGAGGAGAGUGACUACAGUGUUGAUGGUGAGGCAUGGCGCACAUCCCGGUCUCGGAGAGCGUCAACUCGACGUAGUGGCCGGCGCAAGCGACGAGGCAACAAAUUUGAUGACUUUGUGGUUGAUGAAGAAUAUGAUAGUGAUGACAGUGCCCUCUGCCGGCGGUCGACUCGGGCUAGGGCCAGGAGGAGGGUCAGCUAUCGAGAGGCUCGGUCAGACGAGGAGGAGGAGGAAGAGGAAGAGGAGGAGGAAGUGGAAUCAAUGGAUAGUGCUGAUCUGUGUUCCGAUGAAAGUGGCCCGACUAGUCGUAAAAAAUCACGGACAGCAUUCGAUGAAAAGCUGAAAAAAUUACAACACAAAAAGAAAUCAAAACAAGAGUCGAAAAGAAAACGUGUAAUACGAUCUGAUGAUAGUAGUGAGGAAAAUGACUCUGAUGAGAAAUCACAUGCUAAAUCAGAGGAGAGUGAAAAAGAGGAUAGUGACAGUGAAAGUGGGGAGGAGGAGGAAUCAGAAUCUGGAAGUGACACAAAACCAAAUACUAUCAAGAAAUCUCGUAAAAGACAGCAUAAUAAAUCUAGUAGUGAGUCUGACUCAUCUUCAGACAGUUCCCCCGUCAGAAGAUCAAGACGCAAAGCUGCCCAAAAAGUAAAUUUCACAAGUCUGUUAAAUUUUGAUUCUGAUGAUUCGGUUGCUUCUAAGAAAAAUGAAAAAGAGGAAGAGAAAAUGGAAGUGCAUGUUAAUGCCAAAAAGAAAAAGACUGUGAUACAUGAAGACUCCUCUGGGACGGAGGAUUAUGAGGAGGAGGAUAUCAAGGAGAAGGAGUCAGAACAAGCUGCUUCUAAAGAGAGUAAGGCUGUGCUGCCUACUGAGGGAAGUGAUGUAUCACAGCAGGGGCCUACUAUAGGAGAAGAUAACUCUGAUGGAGGCAUUCCGCCUGGUGUGAGGGAUAGGAGAAUGAGUUCAGGCAGCACAGGUGGGUCCGAGUCCCAGAUGAGUGGCUCACAGUUUCCACCACCACCACCUUAUGAUGACUCUAGUCGUGAUCAUUUCUCAGAUGGCUCUACAGGGGUGCCGUCACAUCCUGUAAGACAUCCAAAACCUCAGUACAGCAAUGGUUCUCGACCUAUGGGCCCCGGAAACUUUCCUGGGCAGUCACCUCCACCGUACAGCUCCCCUCCUCAUGGCCAGUACAUGUCGCCACCUCCGCAGGGUUAUUAUCCUCAACACCAAGGUUACCCUCAAAUGUACCAGGGUAAACCUUUCAACCCUCAAGGUCAUCCCAUGCAUCGGCCAAUGGGUCCUAUGCCAGCCCAGGGAGUGCCUCAUCAAGGUCAAAUGCCACCACAAAACAUGCAACAUCAAAGUCAGAUGCCACAACAGGGAAUGCCACUUCAGGGGAUGCCACAUCAAGGUCAGAUACCACAGCAGGGAAUGCCACAUCAAGGUCAGAUGCCACCUCAAGGUCAGAUGCCACCUCAAGGUCAGAUGCCACCUCAAGGCAUGCCACACCAAGGUCAAAUGCCACCGCAAGGCAUACCACACCAAGGUCAAAUGCAACCAAAGGGUAUGCCACAUCAAAGUCAGAUGCCACCACAAAGCAUGCCACACCAAGGUCAAAUGCCACCACAGGGAAUGCAACAUCAAGGUCAAAUGCCAACCCAGAGCAUGCCACAUCGGGGUCAAAUCCGACCCCAAGGAAUGCUACCCCAAGGAAUGCCACCCCAAGGUCAAAUGCCACCACAGGGAAUGACACACAAGGGUCAAAUGGCGCGGCAGGGUAUGCCCCGUCAGGGUCCGAUACCAUCACAAGGAAUGAUUCCACCUCGUCAAAUGCCUCCGCAAGGAAUGUCACAUCCCGGUCAGAUGCCAACUCAGAGAAUGCCACACCCAAGUCAAUUGCCACAACAUGGAAUGCAACAUCCAGGUCAAAUGCAACAAGGGAUGCCACGACCUCGUCAGAUGUCAUAUUCUGGAAAUGUUCCACCCCAACAAGGACCUAAGCCUCGCAUGUUGAAUCCAGGUGACAAUCCCAAUAUGAGUGUUGGCCCUUAUCCUAAUCCUACAAGCCACCCAGUGAACAUGAGUGGCCAGCAGGGACCUCCAGGAGCCAUCCCACCUGGUCAUUCAAUGGCUUCUAUAACCAGCCCACAAGGACCUCCGGUGCCAUCUAAUUCCCACCUAAUGUCAAAUCCACAAAUCUCUGGCUCUGUAGUUCACCCUCAGAGCUCCCCCAUGAUGUCCAUUCAUCAUGGUCCUCCCCCUUUGAGACCAAGCCUUGAAACAUCUCAACAAGCUUCAAAGGCUAGUCAGCAGACACCUUCCAUGGGAUCUAGUCCAAGUACUGCACCUGCCCAGCCCCCUCCCUUGGUUUCAGGAACUAGUAAAAAGGCAAAAAGCAAGGGGAAAAAUAAAAAGACUUUGGCUUUUCCCUCAGGACCACGUGGUUCUAGACCUAUAAGUCCCCCAGUAGGCUCAAGUGCAGGGCCUAUGCCUAAACCACAGGCACCUCAGAUAUUGGCUCAUGACCCAAUACCAAAUACGCCAAGUUCUGAAGCAUUGACUCCAGGUGACACAAAAAGACCAAAAAUGUCAAGCCCAGUUCAUCCAAGCCAGAGUUUAAAGGUAUCUACUCAGGUCCCAGUGCCUCAGAAUCAGGGUCCUCUACCGUCAUCCCAAGGUCCUAUAUCACCUACACAGACCUCAAAUGUGUCUGCUGCAGUUCCAACAUCUCCCACAAACCAAGUAUCAGGACCCAUGCCGGAAAACCAAGGUACCUCAAUUCCCCCCUUAUCAGUUGAUGCCCAGAUCCCCCAUAAUCAGGGUCCUCCCACUGGCCGAAAAUCACCAAACCAUGGCCAACCAUUGUCUGACCAAGACACAAUGUCCCCAAAGCAUGGCCCCCAAAUGCCAGGCCAAGAUCCAAUGUCCUCUAAUUGUGGUCCAUCAAUAGCAAGCCAACACCCUAUGUCCCCAAACCGAGGACCUCCAAUGCCAAGCCAAAGUCCAAUGUCUCCGAACCGUGGACCUCCUAUGCCAAGCCAAAGUCCAAUGUCCCCCAUCCGUGGACCUCCUAUGUCAAGCCAAGGUCCUAUGUCCCCAAAUCGUGGCCCUCCUGUGUCAAGUCAUGGACCAAUACCCACAAAUCAGGGUCCCCUAACAUCAAGUCCUGGUCCAACGUCACCAAAUCAUGGUCCACCAAUGUCUGCUCCUGGUUCAAUGCCCCAGAACAAGGGCCCUCCAUUGUUGGCCCAUGGUGCGCUUCCCCAAAGCCAGGGACCCAAAAUGUCGACCCCUAGUUUAAUUUCUAAAAGUCAGGGACCCAAAAUGUCGGCUUAUGGUCCAAUACCCCCUUAUCAGGGUCCCCCAAUGUCAGUUCAUGGUCCGAUUCCCCAAAAUCAAGGACCCCUUAUGUCUACCCAAGGUCCAAUGCCCUCAAAUCAGGGUCCCCCAAUGUCAACACAUGGUUCAGUGCCCCCAAAUCAGGGUCCCCCAAUGUCAACACAUGGUUCAUUGCCCCCAAAUCAGGGUCCUUCAAUGUCAACACAUGGUUCAGUGCCCCCAAAUCAGAGUCUCCCAAUGUCAACACAUGGUUCAGUGCCCCCAGAUCAGCGUCCCCCAAUGUCAACACAUAGUUCAUUGCCCCCAAAUCAGGGUCCUCCAAUGUCAGCACAUGGUUCAGUGCCCCCAAAUCAGAGUCCCCCAAUGUCAACACAUGGUUCAGUGCCCCCAAAUCAGAGUCCCCCAAUGUCAACACAUGGUCCAGUGCCCCCAAAUCAGGGUCCCCCAUUGUCGACCCAUGGUCCAGUGCCCCAUAGCCAGGGUCUCUCAAUGUCGGCCCAUGGUACGAUUCCCCCAAACCAGGAACCCCAAAUGUCAACUCAAGGUUUGAAGCCCCCAAAGCAGGGAACCAAAAUGUCAGCCCAUGGUUCAAUGCCCCAAAGCCAGGGUCCCCCAGUGUCAGCCCAUGGUUCAAUGCCCCAAAGCCAGGGUCCCCCAAUGUCAGCCCAUGGUUUAAUGCCCCAAAGCCAGGGUCCCCCAAUGUUAGCCCAUGGCCCAAUUUCUCAAACACGGGGACCCCCAAUGUCAUCCCAUAGUCCAAUGCCCCAAAACCAAGGUCCUGCGAUGUCAGCCCAUGCACAUAUGGCUGUAAACCAAGAUCCAUCAUUACCCUCAAAACAAAGUUCUUCAAUGCCACCCCCAGGUAUGAUGCCCCCAAGUCAUGGUCCUCCAGUGCCAGCUCAUGGCCAGAUGCCCCUAAACCAGGGUCCACCAAUGCCUGCUCAUGUUCCAAUGCCCCCAACCCAAGGUUCACCUAUUAUGAGCCCCAAAAGCCAGCGAGGACCUAUGCCUCCACAGGGAGCACCCCACCCACUGUCUGGUGCUCCAUUCUCUCCGGGUAUGUACCCAGGUCCUCCCAUGGGUAACUUUCCCCCAGGAUACCCUGGUUCUUAUGGCUCUCCCCCUCGCAUGUCUCAGAUGCAGCCACAGCAAGGCAUGCAUCCCAUGGCCCCUAAUCAGCCCCCAUUUAGUUCCCCGUCAGGAACUGAACUUCCCGAACCAGCAAAACCAGCCAAAGGUAAAAAGGGAAAAGGGAAAAAAAAAAGUGGUGCUAAGGCUUCAACAAACGUACAGAGCUCUCCAUCAGCAACUUUACCUUCUGGAAUGCACACAGGACAGGUGGGUCCACAUCAGUCUCCAAUGAGGAUGUAUCCGUACCCACCAGGUGGGCCUGGGGGUCCAGAAGGACACAUGGGAGCUCCAAGACCAUAUGGGCCCUAUCCAGGUCAGUACUAUGGGCCCCAAUAUGGGCCAGGUGAGAGACAUCCUCAUCCAGGAAUGCCUCCAAGGGGGUACCCCUAUGGUGCUAAUGGAACUGGUCCCCCUCCCAUUGGCCACACUCCAAAUGGAGGCAGUGGGGGUGGUGGCUUUAUGAUCGACAAGCUGUUGGAGAAGGAACCAAAGAAGGGUAGUUUUACUGAGCUAGAUUCCAGUGUAGGAGGUGGUAGACCUGUUCCUCCACACUGUGGCCGACCCGACUAUACAAGCUACACUGCCGAACCCGAGGAUGAAGAUAGCAUGUCUGACAUUGCAGAUAUUGUCAAGUAUGUCACUAAUGACGAGUUCUUUAAGGAGAAAGAGUAACAUUGACAUAACAACCAUGAACCUAGUGUAUCUCUCGUACUACUGUACAGUGACUGUUAAGUACUGUAUGAUACCAACAGCAAUUUCUUUCAAGAAGAUUGUGUAGUGUAGGCGUCACAAAUGUAGACCUACAGUUACGAAAGCUCACAUGUAAGGUAUAUGGUUCUUCAUGAGGAAUUAUAAUUUAAGUUAACAUUACAGUCAUAAAGCCACCACAAACUAUUACCUACUGUUAGGUAAAUGAUUGAGUGCUAUAAGUCACAUUAGUUUAUUGUGAAGAAGCCAGAUGUCAGGAUCCUCCUCAAAUAUUAAAAUAACAUAUUUGAGGAAUGGUGAGGUUUCGAGGAUACGAAAGUCACAGUAUAUGUUAGAUAAUUUGAUGUGUAAAAUUAGUUAAUGACAUGUUAUGUUAAUAAGAUGUUUGAUUAACUGAGUUAUUUUUGUGGUGAAUUACAUUUUUAUUGCUCACAAAAUAACCAAUAUAUUCACUGUACAUGUCUGAGCUCACCCUGUGUAUGCCAGGAAAAUUACAGAUUAAGAUAUAAAGUGUGUUUAGACCUGGGCCCUAGUUGUAUUUAGCAGGUUUGAUUUUAAUGUACAACUUAAAUAAAUCAUCUAAUAUCAAAAUUACAACUAGUAAAUAGGUUUACCAGGGUUUAAAGUGAACAUUUUGUUGAUUGUUUUUUCAUUAAUUCAAAUUAAUUACGAUAUUCGUUGUUUCUACCUUUUUUAUGGAAAACCAAAAUGUCCAGAUUAGCAAGGUUCAUUUGCCCUUUGUGAUAAGGAAAUGCUAACAUUUGCAUUGUAUAAACAUUUUUAUAUAUACAUAUGUAUAAAGUUUCCUUUUUUUUCCAUUUGUCUAAUAAAUAUUUUGCUACCUCCUUCCAUUACAGGUAAUUCAUCUUUACGUUAGAAUGGUUGACCAUGUACUGUGUGCCAUAUAUAUUGAUUCUCAUACAAAAUCCCCUCAUUUCGUACUACUAGCAUCAAAAUGUACCGCAAUAUUUUUACCAUACUUCAUUACACUGAUAAAUUUCUGUGUGUUAUAUAAAACCUGUUACAAUGAUGUACUGUAAUUCUCAGAUUACGCUUGAGGAUUCCUAUUUAUGUAUGAUUUUUAUAUUGUAAUCGCCUAUUGUGAAUCUAUCUUGUAUACUGUUCACAAUAUUCAUUGCUUUACACCUUAGCAAAAAUCCUGUUUUAAAAUUAGUUCUGAAGCGAAUGAACCUUAUUUUGCCAUGCACAAUUGCAUGAUUAAAAGAUUCCUAGAUUGUCAUAAUACCAAAUAGUAUUGAUAUUAAUAAUUACUUUUAUUAAUGAUUCUUUCUUGUUUGGAUUAAAACUAAGAAUACAGUGGGACCCUAUUCAAUCCAAAUGGUUUGAAUUUCACAAAAAAAAUCAAAAAUAUAUCAUCAGUGGGGAUUGUUUUUGCGUGUUCUAACAAGUAAUUGCCCAAUGUUAUUAUCUGUAAGAAAUAAUAAUGAAAUAAACAGCAUAAUGGAUAUCUAAUCAUCAAUUCAGAGAAGAUGCCUUUUUGCGGGUGAUACUCUCACCUAUAAUCUGCUACCCACUGAUUUUGUGUCCCACUCCUAGCUAGAGUAGGUGUUCCAGGUCCUCUUUAGUCUUUGUUGAAAAUAUUCCUAAACACGGUCAAACAUUUAAGCACAUACUUAUGGAUGCAUUUGUUCAGACAAUGCAUAACGUGUCAAGCAUUUUACCAUGCGCAUAAUUAAAAAAACCUGACAAAAUAUUUUUUUAGUUUUGAUACAACAAGCAUGAAAGAUUAAUGAUAAAUAGUAUUUAGAGUCAUCUGUUUUUGAGCGAGUUUAACAAACCUGUAGCAUGCUUAUUUUUUUAUCAAGGGAGAUAAACGAAUCGUUUUCAUUUUUAUUCACACCAUUCAUUAGGGGCUUCCAGACGGACCGUGUGUAACUGGUGCCAAACCUCUACUAUUUAACCGUAACUCAUUCACCUCUGAAAUUUCAUAAUGAACUAUUCCAACCUUUGAAUUGGAUGAUUCAAAUGUGUCUUCAGGGGUGAAUGAGUUAAAUGUAUUUCCUCCCUUGUUUUAACCAUUCCAUCAGGAUAUUUUCUCCCACUGUCUCUCCAUUGAAAGCCUGUAUAUAGUAAUAUAGACUUGUACAUUUUGCCGGUGAUAAGCCCAUGCUCAGGACUUAUCCUACACAUUUACCACAAGGUAGAAUACAUUACUGAAUGAUACAACAGUAUUUUAAAAUGUUAAGUAUAAAUAUGAUGAUGCAUGAGCUAAUUGCAUCUCAGGAUAACGUUUUUAAUAUAAUGCAGUGUUUGAAAUUGUUGAUACCCCUAACCAGUCCUCAAUUUAAGGACGUCAUUUGUUAAAAUUGCUGCUUUGAUUGUUAGUGAUAGCUUGCCUGAGGUUGACUAUAUAGUUUUUAUAUACAAUAGAACAUGUUUUUUAUAUAGUAUAGAACCUGGUAUUCCAAAGUUCAUUGAUUAGGAAUCUGGUAUUCCACAUCAGAUUUUAUGUUGUAUCUUCAAAAGAAAAGUCUUGUUUACAAUUUUUUUGUACAUCAUCAUCAUACAUCAAUAAUCGAUUAUCACAAAUGUUGUCAUAGAAAUAAAAAAAAAUGUGAAUAUUAUUCUUUUUAUUCUACAUAACGUCCAUUUUCUCUUUUGUAUGUUGUCAUAGGUAAUGUAUUAGUUAUCUGCCCUUUAGUGAGUCGUCUGCCCUGUGCAAGUAUUGUGUUAAUUUAUUUAUCAUGAAACAUAGAUUACAAAUUAGCAUUUUCCAUAUUGUAUAUAUAUUGAAUUCAACAGUGUUUAAUGAUCAAUAUUACUGCUUGACUGUUUUGUACAUGCAGUAUGUACAGAAAAGGACACAAAGCGUGUAUGAUACUGUAUUGAACUGCUAUUUGUAUUGUCACGAGUGUCCUUUAGUGUUUGUUCAUAUUACGGCAUUAUUUGUGUUUUGACUCCCCCACCCGGCACCGAUAAUUCCAUAUUAAAGCUUGGGGUAUAUAGUCCACCUUGGUGGAUUUAGAGCUGUUGUACAGUUAUAAUAGAUCUGAACCUGACGAAAGCAAACGUCAGGUAUAUUUAACCAAUAAAAACUCAUUACACCUACCUGUAGGCAGGUCAAAGGUCAUUGUAUAUGCUUGUAAAAUAAAUGGUUGUUAAUUAUGAAAGAGGUGAAAGUCAUUAUGAUAGGAAACCGAUUAUUUGGUGUAUUUGUAUGGGGACGACUGAAUCGAUCCCUGGUAGAAGUUGGGAUGGUCUCGGAUUUGAUAACUGAUCUGCAGGCCCUUGCCCUGUUACCAUUCUUAUGGUAUUUUACACCAUUUUAGAUGUGCAUGUCUGUUAAAAGUCUGUAGUACCUUAUAUACCAGUCAUAUCAACUCCAUCCUUGUGUUGUGUUCUGUAAUCCUAAAGUUGUACAGUUCAAGUCUGUGUACGAAAGACUUAAUUGAUGCUUACUGUACACGUGCACUAGACUUGGGUGUACACGGGUGUGAGAGUGUGGCUAGACUAAGGGUUAGAGUGAGGGUCGUACAUAGCACCUGUAUGGAACAAACUCUUAUGUUUAGAUACGUAUUGUUAUUUCAUAAUUAAAUGUACAAAUACAUAAUGAAAGUAAAUCUGAGUUUCAUUUCAAAUAUGAAACAUUGACAGUUAUUUUUCGAUUGUUGUAAGAAACGCUUCCCUUAGCCUGCCAAUGAAUAAAAAACAUAAUACUUAUUGUGUCGCCUGUUAAGUAAAUAUGACACAUAGGGAUCACUCCAUCGUCGCCGUCCGUACAAUGAAGGAAUGCUUUGAUUUCAACACAUACCUUUGCUAUCAGUUACAAGCUUGAAUUCGAUUUUAAAUAAAACCUGAAAAUCCACAUUGCGUAAGGGAACCUGCUGAUCACUUCUGUGAAGUGCACAACACAAUAAACUAAUAAUAAUACAAAAAACUGUUCAUAGUCAUUGAUAAACAAAAGUACGUCUGAAAAAACCCAAUUUGAUACGAAACACAAUUUAGUUUUGGUGCCAUAUUUUUUCAUGUUUAUUGUUACUACGCAAUUUUGACCACCUGUUGGAAUUUUGAUUGCUGCCAUUCCGACAUCUUCUGAUAAACAAACCGCAGUUUAUAACAAAUAAUGACAAUUUUCUUAUAAAUGUAUUUAAUCGUGUAGGCGAUGAUUGGAUAGGCAUUUUUGAGCGAAAGGUACAAAGAGUAACUCCGUUUUCAUCUAUUUUACACCUAUUUCAUAAGUAUUUAUCGUCAUACUUGUAUAAAUAUGUUGUUUUGUUAGGAUCAGGAGAUGUGUAGAGUGAAAGAGAUAUUGGAAGUGAAUGGGCCAUGGAGAUGUCGUACAGAGUGUGUGUGCGUGUGUGUGAGUGGGGGUGGGGGGCGGCGGAAGAAAGCCUGAAUAAAUGUCAUACGUAAAAUAUGCUCUAUUUUGGCCAAUCAUUGGAGAAAUAACUUUUAUCUUGUAUUGGAGGUCAUGGGUGUAGAUGAAGCGUGCACGUACGGGUGUGCAAGUUUUAUGCGAGUGUGGGCUGGCUCUGCAUGCUGUAUGUUAGGUCUAGGGUGAAACGUGUAGAACGACAUACAAUGUCACAAAGUAAGUGUUGUGUACUGUCCGAUACCAGUCCAAUGUCAGCUGUCUGUCAGAAUGGCGUGGAUACCACUACUCGUCUACGUACAAAAGAUUUCAAAUUAAAAUAAUUAGAGGUCUUCUA